UUCUGAUACACACAUGAUUGUUUCAUUUAUGUAUGUCUGUGGUAUGCAGCAGCUUUAGUGCUAAUAAGAGUGUAGACAAUGCUUCUUCACUACAUGGAAAGGGGUUUUGGUUUCUGAGCAUAAAGAAGGAGGGUCACACAUGAAUGUAUAAAUACUAGAGGUCCAACUAACCCAUCGUAGCUCUGUCAGAUGCACCUGGACAGAAGUGAUAGAAGACCAGACAGAGCAAGGCACAGAGACCUCCUCAUACACUGCAGAAAAAUACACAGCUAAAGAGGAGCAAAAUAAGUUCGACUUAAGAUGGGAGCCAUUGAUGUUGCUGCCACUAGUGCACUAUUGGUGUCUGUGUGUCUUCUGAGUACAGCUGCUCCAUCUUUAGCAGUCUACAGCCACGGAGAAUGUACCUUCAACACUAAAGGGAGCUGUGAAUAUCAGGGUCAGGUCUUUGGUAUUGGUGACAGCUGGAUUACAAAUGACUGCUACCACUGUGUGUGUAUGGAACCCUUUGGAGUAGGUUGCUGUGAUCACAAUCUGCAGCCAGUAGAUUAUCCAGACUGGUGUGAGGUCAUCAGGAAGCCUGAUUCAUGUCUCAGUGUAGUCGUGAUGAAGGCUAAUCAUAAGCUUCCCUGUCUCUAUGGGAAAUGGGGGAAACGUCCAGAAACUUGGAAAUCUGACAACGACCCAAUGUUUUAAUUAAUUAUCUUAUAACCUGUUUUUUGUACAUACUGUUCAAAAUACAGGAAUCUAAUAGACUGACUUGUGUGUGUAAAAUUCCUGUAGUAUGUACAUACUGUAUCUGGGGCAAAUAUCUGAUUAACUGAUUUUACUAAAUAUCUAAUCUAAAUGUCUAUUUAAUACUAAUAGUCAAUAAUUAGUACUCUUAAUUUAUUUGA